UCUUCCUCCUCUUCCUCUCUCGUUUCGUCGUCCCCUCUCCCCCACCCCGCCUUGCUUCCUUCCUCCACAAGCUUUUUCCCCACCACGCCCUGCAUCUCUCCCGCGCGCGCUCCCCCUCUCCUCCCGGCCGACUCCCGCCGAUCGCCAGCGGCGGGGUCGGUCCGAUCGAUCGGCCGGCGAAGGUGUUCGCGCGCGCGCGCAUGCAGGAUCUCUCUGGCGCGCGGCGGCCGCAACCGGAAGGUCCGAUCCCUACCCCGCUGAUCGCCCGCCGCCGCAACGUCGCGUCGGGAUUGAUAUAGUGCAGGGGGCAGAGGACGAGGCAGGAUCAGCGAGGCCAACCCCACUCGGGCGACAAAGAUGGACGGCCACCCCUCGCCGCGUUCACACCACCAGCCCCCUCCGCCAGAGCGGGACGGCAGCUUCAACUACGACAUAGAGAGCAUGGACGGCGGCGGCGGCGCGUGGCGAGGGCGGUACGAGUCGUCGGAGGUGCUGCUGCGGUACGACGACGAGGCCGGCGGCGGCCCGCGCCAGCCGCUGCUGCGGAAGCGCACCAUGAACACCACCUCUCAGAUCGCCAUCGUCGGCGCCAACGUCUGCCCCAUCGAGAGCCUCGACUACGAAAUUGUGGAAAAUGACCUUUUCAAGCAAGACUGGCGAUCGAGAAAGAAGAAGCAGAUAUUUCAGUAUAUUGUUCUUAAAUGGGCCUUAGUUCUGCUUAUUGGCAUGUUGACUGGAAUUGUUGGCUUCUUUAACAAUCUUGCAGUCGAAAAUAUUGCAGGAUUAAAACUAUUGCUCACAAGUGAUCUCAUGCUCAAGCAGAGGUACUUCACAGCAUUUUUGGCAUAUGGUGGUUGUAAUCUAGUCCUGGCAACUACUGCUGCAGCAAUCUGUGCUUACAUAGCACCAGCUGCUGCUGGAUCUGGUAUUCCUGAAGUUAAAGCAUAUCUUAAUGGGGUUGAUGCUUAUUCUAUAUUAGCUCCCAGUACACUAUUUGUGAAGAUAUUUGGUUCAAUACUUGGAGUUUCAGCUGGAUUUGUACUUGGAAAGGAAGGACCCAUGGUACAUACAGGAGCAUGCAUAGCCAACUUGCUUGGUCAGGGGGGUUCACGCAAAUACCAUCUUACAUGGAAUUGGCUGAGAUAUUUUAAGAACGACAGGGAUAGGCGAGAUUUGAUUACUUGUGGAUCAGCAGCUGGAGUUGCAGCAGCAUUUCGUGCACCAGUUGGUGGUGUGCUCUUUGCUCUUGAGGAAGCAGCAUCAUGGUGGCGAAGUGCUCUUCUAUGGAGAACAUUCUUUACAACUGCUGUUGUUGCUGUUGUGUUGAGGGGCCUUAUCGAGUUCUGUCGUAGUGGAAAAUGCGGUCUCUUUGGGCAAGGAGGGUUGAUUAUGUUUGAUCUAAGUUCAACCAUCCCGACAUACACUGCCCAAGAUGUUGUGGCAAUAAUAGUCCUUGGAAUAAUUGGCGGUGUUUUUGGAGGCCUUUUCAAUUUUCUCUUGGAUAGGAUUCUCCGUGCCUACAGUAUUAUUAAUGAGAGAGGCCCUCCAUUCAAGAUCCUUCUCACCAUGAUAAUAUCAAUCAUCACCUCAGCAUGCUCCUAUGGGCUCCCAUGGCUUGCUCCUUGCACGCCGUGCCCUGCUGAUGCUGCGGAGGAAUGCCCCACCAUUGGCCGGUCCGGAAACUUUAAGAACUUUCAGUGCCCACCGGGCCAUUACAACGGCCUCGCGUCGCUCUUCUUCAACACAAACGAUGAUGCCAUCCGCAACCUGUUCAGCAGUGGCACCGAGAAGGAGUUCCAUAUGUCCACCCUGUUCGUCUUCUUCACCGCCAUCUACUGCCUUGGCCUCGUCACCUACGGUAUCGCCGUUCCAUCUGGUCUCUUCAUCCCUGUGAUACUUGCUGGGGCUACGUACGGGCGCAUAGUUGGGACACUUCUGGGUCCCAUAUCUGAUCUUGACCCAGGCCUCUUCGCACUGCUCGGUGCGGCUUCUUUCCUUGGUGGGACAAUGAGGAUGACGGUAUCAGUCUGCGUGAUCCUUCUGGAGCUCACAAAUGACCUCCACAUGCUCCCUUUGGUCAUGCUCGUCCUUCUGAUAUCCAAGACCAUAGCCGAUAGCUUCAACAAGGGGGUCUAUGAUCAGAUUGUGGUGAUGAAAGGCUUGCCAUUCAUGGAGGCACAUGCCGAGCCGUUCAUGAGGAACCUGGUUGCCGGUGACGUCGUGUCUGGGCCACUCAUCACCUUCUCCGGGGUCGAGAAGGUGGGGAACAUCGUUCACGCGCUGAGGAUCACGGGCCACAAUGGGUUCCCAGUGGUCGACGAGCCACCUGUAUCAGAAGCCCCAGAGCUGGUUGGGUUGGUGCUUCGGUCCCAUCUGCUGGUUCUGCUGAAAGGCAGGUCCUUCAUGAAGGAGAAGGUGAAAACCAGCGGUAGCUUCGUGCUGCGAAGGUUUGGUGCCUUCGACUUCGCCAAGCCAGGCUCUGGGAAAGGCCUCAAGAUCGAAGACCUGGAUCUCACCGAUGAGGAGCUGGACAUGUAUGUUGAUCUCCAUCCGAUUACAAACACCUCACCCUACACGGUGGUCGAAACAAUGUCACUUGCAAAGGCUGCAGUGCUCUUCAGGGCACUAGGAUUAAGGCACCUACUGGUCGUGCCAAAGACCCCAGGAAGGCCCCCUAUAGUUGGAAUUCUCACAAGGCACGAUUUCAUGCAUGAGCAUAUUCAUGGGCUGUUCCCAAAUCUCGGCAAGUCACACUAACAAGGGCCAAAUCGAUUGCAUUCAGCAGACAUGUCUUGUUUUUUUGCUUGCCGUCGCCUUGUGGCUACCGGUAUCGAAGGAAGCGACUGUGUGUAAUAUUCGCUGCUCCUAUCUUGCCUUUUUGUUUAUCUAUAUUCAUUUCUUCCAAAUGUACUCAAAACAUUGAAUAAUAGUAUAAUCAACAAGAGAAUGGAAAUUUUGUAGUUUGUGUUCCUGUCGGAAACCAUAUUUUUUCAAUGUAUAUUCUGAGGUUUCCUUUUCC